UGCUCAGAGCGAAUGCAACCUCUCUAGACAGCAGUAUGAAGUAACAGUCCGCACGUUGUUCGCACUCUGGAUGGUACUGGGAUGUAUUUUGGAAGAGGGGUCGGGUAGCAGGGCCCACCAGCAUCACCGCCACUGAGCCUGACAUGAAUGAUAAGUAAAAGACCUCUGUCAAAAGAGUGAACAGCGUCGGAAUGCGCACAAGUCUGCAGGGCUCGCACCCAGGCUUCUCCCAACGGAAUUUAACAUCUUGGACCUACCUCGAUUUGUUUGUAAACACCCAAAAUCAAUAGAAACAAACUAGGAGAGUGAUUAAAUUGAUUCAGCAAUUUAUUUUUUCUCAUAAUCACUUAGCCCCCCUUUUGAGUGGGGAGUUGUUUUUUUGGGUGUGUUUUCUUUUGUGAAGCGCGAAGACAAACUUCUACAAUGGCACUGGUUAUGGAGCCUGUGAGCAAGUGGAGCUCCAGUCAAGUGGUCGAAUGGAUGAAAGGUCUGGAUGACUGCCUGCAGCAGUACAUCAAAACCUUUGAGAAAGAGAAAGUAGGAGGGGACCAGCUGCUGCGCAUCACCCACCAGGAGCUGGAGGAUUUGGGAGUAUCCAGAAUUGGCCACCAGGAGCUCAUUCUAGAAGCUGUGGACUUACUCUGUGCUCUGAAUUACGGGCUGGAGACUGAGAAUCUGAAGACACUUUCUCAUAAACUCAGUGCAUCUGCCAAAAACCUGCAGAACUUCAUCACUGGCCGGCGGCGCAGUGGUCAUUAUGAUGGCCGAGCCACUCGCAAACUGCCCAAUGACUUCCUUACCUCUGUGGUGGACCUCAUUGCUGCUGCCAAGAGCCUUCUUGCAUGGCUAGACAGGUGCUCCUUCUUUUUCAGGUCUCCAUUCGCUGCAGUGGCAGAUUACUCCGUGACCAGAAACAACGUGAUCCAGCUGUGUCUUGAGCUCACAACAAUUGUACAACAGGACUGCUCUGUGUAUGAAACAGAAAACAAGAUCCUCAAUGUGUGUAAAACCUUGUCUGAAGUGUGCGACCAAAUUAUCACUCUUUCUUCGGAUCCGAUGGUGUCCCAGUCUGCACAUUUGGAAGUUGUGCAGCUAGCCAACAUAAAAUCCACUGAAGGCUUGGGCAUGUAUAUCAAGUCGACGUAUGAUGGUUUGCAUGUGAUCACCGGGACCACUGAAGGAUCCCUGGCUGACCGCUGUAAGAAAAUCCAUGCUGGAGAUGAAGUCAUUCAGGUCAACCAUCAGACAGUGGUGGGCUGGCAGCUGAAGAACCUGGUGAACCUGCUGCGUGGGGACCCUGCUGGUGUCACCCUAACCCUGAAGAAACGCCCACAGAGCACACUUACAUCAACACCUGCUCUGCUCAAAAACAUGAGAUGGAAGCCAUUAGCACUUCAGCCAAUCUUCCCUCAGAGCCCCAGCAGCAGUGUCGCUACGCCCACUAGCACUUUAAGCACACCUUCCAGGAGGAGUAGCUGUGCCCUGCAGGACCUCUACAUCCCUCCUCCUCCAGCAGAGCCCUAUACUCCCAGAGAUGACAAAGGAAACCUGCCAGAUGAAGAGCCUCAGGCGGACGUCCAUGCUGCAGAGGGAUCUGAGUCUCCAAAUUCCUACCUAGACCAGGAGUGCCGGCGCCAAUUUCCCCUGGUGGAGGAGGAUGCUAUCCUCUACUGUUACGAGUAUGACCAGAACCGAGAGGUGCCAUCAAUCCGCAGAGGGAGCACUCCCACCUAUGGCAGGCUCAGGCCCAUCUCAAUGCCACUGGAAUACAACUGGGUGGGAGAGAAUGAGGACCUGGCAAAGCUGAGGAGAGAGAGCAGAAGAGAGAAUUCUCUUAUGCGUUUUGCAAGUGAAGACAAACCUCCUGGGGAGAACUUCCUGCUUGGCCGCAGCCUGAGUCAGAACAGGAGAAAGACUGAGCGAGGAAGCAGUCCCACACAUUACACUCUCGUCCCUGCUCUCCAGAUGCAAGUCUCCCUGUCCACCUCCAGCUCCGACUCUGCAUCCCUAUAUCAUGUGUUUGAGCGCUCCUCGCUGCUGUCGAGAUCCAAGAAGAAGAGUAAAGCUGGAAGUCCCAUGUCUUCAAUCAGCAAGCGACGAAUUUCUUGCAGGGACUUGGGGCAGGGGGACUGUCAGGGUUGGCUGUGGAAAAAGAAGGAUGCUAAAACCUAUUUUUCACAGAAGUGGAAGAAGUACUGGUUUAUCCUGAAAGACACAUGCCUGUAUUGGUACAUGAAUGAAGAGGAUGAGAAGGCAGAGGGCUUUGUCAGCCUCCCAGAAUUCAAGAUCGAUCGUGCCACUGAAUGCAGAAGGAAAUAUGCAUUUAAAGCUUGCCAUCCGAAGAUAAAGACCUUCUACUUUGCAGCAGAAAAUGUAGAUGACAUGUCCCGGUGGCUGAGUCGUCUCAGUAUGGCAGUCACAGGCUACGCUGAGCAGGAGAAUAUGCACCAGGAUCAGGAUUACUGGAGCGAGAGUGAUCAUGAGGACAUGGAGAUGCCCCCAAUGCCUAAACAGGACAGUCCACCGCCACCUUAUGAUACCUAUCCUCGAGCAUCCUCAGUGAGUCCCUACCUGGAGCCAAAACGCAGCCAUCUUUCCUCUUCUGACACGUUCCAUUCACGCUCCUCUCAUGAGGAGUUCCACUCUGAGCCUCAGGAAAGCAGCAGCAACAACAGCAUAUCCCCUGGGCAGAAGACGAGCAGCCACCGAAACUCUUGGCAGGACCAGAUGGAGAGCAACACAAGAAUGCACUACCUCCAAACAUAUCCUGUGGAGGAAUCCUUGCAGCCUGAAGACAGAGACCAGCUGGCAAUGGAGUACCGAAGGCAGUCCACUCUGCCUGCACAGCGCAGCCUGCUUCAAGAACAGUACAGAGCCCUGCCACUGCCCCUCAGAGCCAGUAUUGAUUCAGAUGCAGGAGGAAAACCUCGCAGCUUCACACUUCCCAGGGACAGUGGACUUCACGCCAUCCUGGCAGCCACCGCUGCUGCAUCAGAUCAGAGAGAACCCCAACAUUACCAGCUGGAUCAUGCCAGAGCAACAGGUCAUGGACGGGAUUGCAGAAUGCAGACAGACUCGCUUGUAGAUUUGUACCGAGCUCUGGAGCAGACCAAUCUGUCCACCUCUGCUGACCACAGAUCAGCCAGCCGCCUGGAGUACAAACGCUCCUUUGUCCGCAGAGUUAAUGACCCCCUCCUAAAUGACAAGCUUCAUCGCUUGCGUAUCCUCCAGAGCUCACUGAAGAAUGUUCCUCUUCAAGACAGAAAUCGGUCCUUGGGAUUUUUGGGGUAGUCUGGUGAAGAUCAUCUCCACAGAAUCAUCUCUGCUUGUGCCUCAUGCUGCCAGCUUCCCCUUGCUGGAGAUGAAAGGCACCAAACACCAUCUUUUUCCCACUUAGCUAUCCGUGUCUGCUCUUUUUAUUGCUCUUUUAACUUCACUCAGUGUGCAGCAGCACAGAGUAUUGAUGUCCCUCUUUACCUCAUCUCUCUUUUGUAAAAAUGAGGACUCUGACAAAAGGCAAAAAAAGAUGUCUGAUUUAAUGAAAUAACUUGAAGAUUCACAGGGUUUAUGGCAAAUAAGCACUUUGGGCCAUGUCAGAGAUUUAUCUGAGAGCUUUUGAAAUCAUAACUCAAAUGCAAGGCCACUUCCAUGCAGUUGUGUAAAGCUGCACAUUCAAAGCAAUUCUGAUAUACACACCAUUUCAUUAUGCAUGUAUGUUUGAUUCAUAGUAUGUUUGUUCAAUGAGUGUACAGGGUGUGUGUGUGUAUAUAUAUAUAU